AGUAUGAGCGCAUGCGCAGUUAUGCUGUUCGAAGGUUACUUAUUCACCUGUUUCCCUUCCCGUUGUUUAAAAUGUCAAAAAAGGAGGGGGUGACUUUACUUCCUUGUUUUGCCAUUGUGGUCCAUCCGCAUAAGACCAUAAGGCCGAAUGGGAACGCAGCAACGAAGAUCCCCCCUCCUUUGUGGCGAGGUGGUUGCCUCCACAGCCGUCAUUUAUGCCGCCACGGUGAGGCGCUGCAGCCCGUCUGUUCCGGGUAGUUCCGGCGACUGGUUACUGAGAUUAAGGUCCCGCUCGGCGUUCUGCUGUCAUGGCUACGAUUCUAGUGACGUUCUGGAGUUCUCCGACAAACCGUCACAUGGAAUGUGAUUCUGCUAGAGUCCAUCGACUCUUUUUUUAUUUUAAGAGCCGGCUGGAAUCCUCCUUUUUUGAGUAACACGGCUUCGCGCGGACACGCCGCCUCAGUUAUUGAUGAAUUGUGUACCGGGGGUUGGACUAGAUGACCUCCAAGAAAGGACUUUAUGAUGAAGCAUUAAGCAGUUUCUUUAGAAAUGUGGACACUAGAACAGAUGGUGACAGUGCUGACAUUUCCAGAGGAAAAAUCUGUUCCUUAAAAGCACGUGCUCUACUUAUUGACAUGGAAGAGGGUGUAGUGAAUGAAAUACUUCAGGGGCCAUUGAGAGAGGUAUUUGAUAGCAAACAGCUGAUCACAGAUGUUUCUGGCUCAGGGAACAAUUGGGCUGUGGGUCACAGUGUGUAUGGAUGUCAGUACCAAGAGCAUAUUAUUGAAAAAUUGAGGAAAACUGCAGAACACUGUGACUGUCUGCAAUGCUUCUUUGUUAUUCAUUCCAUGGGAGGGGGAACAGGAUCUGGUCUUGGUACAUUUUUACUAACAGUGCUCGAAGAUGAAUUUCCAGAAGUGUAUAGAUUUGUGACGUCAGUUUAUCCAUCUCGUGAGGAUGAUGUCAUCACGUCCCCAUAUAACAGUGUGUUGGCUAUGAAGGAACUCAGCGAACAUGCCGACUGCGUGUUGCCCAUUGAAAAUGAGUCUUUAUUUGACAUAGUUAGUAAAAUUAACCAGAUGUCCAACUCUGGAAAGCUAGGAUCAACUGUGAAACAAAGCAGCUUGGUGACUUCGAGUGCAGGUGGAAUAAAACAUCUUCAAGAAAAACCUUUUGAUGCUAUGAACAACAUUGUGGCUAACUUACUAUUGAAUCUGACCAGCUCUGCUAGAUUUGAAGGCUCUCUUAAUAUGGAUCUUAAUGAAAUCAGCAUGAACUUGGUUCCCUUUCCUCGACUUCAUUAUCUAGUUUCCAGCUUGACUCCUCUUUAUACUCUGGCUGAUGUUAAUGUGCCUUCUCGAAGGUUGGAUCAAAUGUUUUCUGAUGCUUUUAGCAAAGAACACCAGCUGUUACGCGCUGAUCCAAGACAUAAUUUGUACGUUGCUUGCGCCCUCUUAGUCAGAGGAAACGUACAAGUUUCAGAUCUUCGUAGAAAUAUUGAACGGUUGAAGCCUUCACUUCAGUUUGUAUCCUGGAAUCAAGAAGGAUGGAAAACUGGUUUGUGUUCAGUACCUCCAGUUGGCCAUUCCCAUUCUUUGUUGGCACUGGCAAAUAACACCUGCAUUAAACCAACUUUCAUUGAACUCAAAGAGAGAUUCAUGAAGCUCUACAAGAAAAAGGCUCACCUUCAUCAUUACCUACACGUUGAUGGGAUGGAUCAGAACUGUUUCUCUGAAGCACUUUCAUCGCUGUCAAACUUAAUAGAGGACUAUAAUCAGCUUGAAGCUGCUAACAGUGGGCCUGCAGUAGAUCCACCAAGAUUGAAGAUAGUGAUGUAGCAAUGCAGGGACAUAGCAGGAAAAAUUCAAUUAUUUGCAAAAAAAUAAAUAAAUGUGCAUGCAAUCUAACCCACGGUGAACACCAUUCAAGUUGGCUGAAUUCAGUUGGAUAAAUUCUUAACAAUUUGUGACAAUCAGAAUUACUGUUACUCCUGAAAGAAAGUGGAAAUAUUCAGUCUGCCCAACUGUUUCAUAACGUAUUUUUUUUAUUUUGCACAGAGACUGUACUGAGAUUGGAUAAUACAAAUCUCAAUGUACAUAUUGUGAAAUGCACUUUUAUCUCAAGGACUGUUAGUUUUGUAUGUAUAUUUUUUGAAAUAAAUCAUUUUGAAUAUAAA